CCUUCACCGUUCAUUUCCGGUAACAGUUUGAAACACAACCGAGGAGCUAAAUAACAAACAAAUAAGCGUUAGAACGCUAGUUGUUGUUUAUCAGAACUUUUCUGAUGCAUUUUGUACUUUACACUGUUUUCGGUUGUUUGUCGACAUGUUAUUGUUUUAUCGCGACAGCCGUGCACAGCGAGGAGAACCGCUGUGACCUCCUGAAGCAGCAGCUUCAAUCCUCUCGGGUGUCAGUGCAGAUCACCAAGACGGGUUUUCACAGGGAGCUGCUGACCACGGUGGAGCUCCGCCCAGAUGUUCCCAGCGGGCUCGGCGUGCUGCUGAUUCACAGGUGGCCCCGAGGAGUCUACGUGGAUCCGUUCCAACUGGCGACGCUGAGUCAGCAAAGCCAUUGGCAGAUGUCACUGGACUCGGCCGUUGACCUGGAGGCGGCCGCCCACCAGGCUGAGGGGUUUGUCACCCGUGUGUAUCCCGCCGUGGACGGACCCACAAUCAGAGUGACGAUUCCCUUUCACUUCCGCUACCACCAGCCACGUUACGACGGAGAGACGUUUACAACUGUGGAGAUAGAACCUCCACAGCUGCUGCUGCGGACUGAAGGAUGUUUGCAGCUCAGCGGCUCGGAGCCUCACGCUACCGUGGACGCCCCGUGCACUCACAGCAACGCCAGCACGUGUCCGUGGGUCCGACUGCAGCAGCAGGAGCGAGGCCCCGUCGGUGUCGGGCUUCCCGUGGGUGACGGCUCUUUGGUGGCGCCGGUGUCCGCUGGAACUCUUCUGGUCACGACGCUCUGCUGCGUUUCUCUGUCCACACGCAUGUGGAAACAUCGCAUCGUUUAAACUAUAUAACUAUCCAUUACUAAAAGGAGAGAAUUUAAACAAUUCGCUAUUACUAAAGUUGUUUACAAGUUAUGUAGUUGAUGCUGAUCUAGGAUCGUAAUUCGUUUUAUAGCUAACUACAGCGUACACAGAAUUUGUAUAAGAUUGAACAAUGAAUUAAAAAAAAUAUGUACAACAUGUUCAAGUUAAGACGUAAAGAAGGAAAUUACAAUGAUAAUAUAAAAGAAAAACUAUAAAAUCAUCUAUAUAUCUGAAUUAAUGACAAAGCUGUACUUAAAUUACAAUGAAAAUAUUGAAUCUUUAUAGAUAUCCUAAUAUAUAUAAAAAUCGAAUACAGUAAGUGCAAUAUAUGUGAAAUAUGAGACCUUAAGGUGCAUCUUUGGACGCAGAUCUAUCCAAAUGUUCAAUGACUCUCAGCUGAGAGCAUCCGGGGUAUUAACAAGUAGAUCUGAGACAGCCGCUGAUCUUCAAACGACCUUUAUUUUGAAACGCUCGUUGACGCUCCGAAGGGCUGGGUCGCUACUUCCGCUUCCUUUCGGCCAUAACGGAAUUAUCCAAGGGCCGAAAAAGAAAGAAAAGUUGCUUUGUAAAUAGUUGCAGCCAUAUUUUUACUGACUUUUUUUGUACCCGUCUCACGCCGCCAAGUACCCCGCGUCACAGAGGGAUUUUUUAAACGGAUUUAACAAGCGUUUUCCGAGCCGUCGCGGAUCGCUUCGGGAGUAAAGUUGUCUUGAAGUUGAGCUGGUGCGGACUCUCCGGUGAGCUCUGCUCCUCGUUAGCCGGCUAAUAAAGCACUUCUGGUCCGGACAGUUUGGACCGAACUACCGAUAAGUUCGUCCGAACCACCUGUGGGAAAAGUCGAAGUUGUCGUGGGGAAAUAACCCAGAAAUAACCCAACUUUUGUUGUCAGACUAGUUAGCAUUAGCUAACAGCUAAAGCGAACAGGACCAACGUUGGUGUAGCAUGUCAUGCUAACGUUAGCUUCCAGCCAGUUAGCACACUUGUUGAAGUUAAUGCUAACGUUAGCAACGUAGCUGUUAACUAAUUCAUAUGGCUGUUUCUUAAAACAAACCCCAUUAAAUAAGACGAUACAACGCUAAACGAUGUUGCGUCGUUUUAAUCGUAAAUCAGGUUAUAACUCAACUUAACGUUACAUGCAUGUAGUGGAAGAAGAGAACAGUUAUUCUUUUAUCCUCGUUUGAGCUCUUUAGCCACUAAUAAAGAAACUAAAGUAUCGUGCAAAUAUUUCCCCUACAUUCCUCAGACUGAUUCUCGCUGUUUUAGUCAAAAUAUAGUUGGUCUCACUCAUACAGUCUCCCCUUUUCUCCUCGUUGUUUCUUCACUAUUCUUCAACUCAGAUGUCUGUUUUCCACCUUGACAAGUUGUAUGUUCAAAUUCGGGACUCAACGUGUUCUUGUUUUAAAAGACGUGUUUUUUAAACCGAUUUAUUUAUGCUUUGUGUAUCCACGUGUAUCUGGAAUCAAGCUGCAUUAAAUAUAUUUCAAGUACUACUAUGCUCAA